AUGAUUGCUACUUGUGGCGCAAACGGAAUUUGGCAACCGAGCGUGGCCUGUUUGAAACAAUGCCAAGCAGCUCUUCCCACUAUUCCCAACGCUCAACCGUCGGCAGUAUCCGGCCCGCUCACUGUCGGCACUGUUGUACCAUACAGUUGCGAGAGCGGCUAUUCGCCUGACCCGACCAGCAGGAUGAUUGCUACUUGCGACGCAAACGGAAAUUGGCAACCGAACGUGGCUUGUUUGAAACUAUGCCAAGCAUCUCUUCCCACUAUUCCCAACGCUCAACCGUCGGCAGUAUCCGGCCCGCUCACUGUCGGCACUGUUGUACCAUACAGUUGCGACAACGGCUAUUCACCUGACCCGACCAGCGGGAUGAUUGCUACUUGUGGCGCAAACGGAAUUUGGCAACCGAGCGUGGCCUGUUUGAAACAAUGCCAAGCAGCUCUUCCCACUAUUCCCAACGCUCAACCGUCGGCAGUAUCCGGCCCGCUCACUGUCGGCACUGUUGUACCAUACAGUUGCGACAGCGGCUAUUCGCCUGACCCGACCAGCAGGAUGAUUGCUACUUGCGACGCAAACGGAAAUUGGCAACCGAACGUGGCUUGUUUGAAACUAUGCCAAGCAUCUCUUCCCACUAUUCCCAACGCUCAACCGUCGGCAGUAUCCGGCCCGCUCACUGUCGGCACUGUUGUACCAUACAGUUGCGACAACGGCUAUUCACCUGACCCGACCAGCGGGAUGAUUGCUACUUGUGGCGCAAACGGAAUUUGGCAACCGAGCGUGGCCUGUUUGAAACAAUGCCAAGCAGCUCUUCCCACUAUUCCCAACGCUCAACCGUCGGCAGUAUCCGGCCCGCUCACUGUCGGCACUGUUGUACCAUACAGUUGCGACAGCGGCUAUUCGCCUGACCCGACCAGCAGGAUGAUUGCUACUUGCGACGCAAACGGAAAUUGGCAACCGAACGUGGCUUGUUUGAAACUAUGCCAAGCAUCUCUUCCCACUAUUCCCAACGCUCAACCGUCGGCAGUAUCCGGCCCGCCCACUAUCGGCACUGUGGUACCAUACAGUUGCGACAGCGAUUAUUCGCCUGACCCGACCAGCGGGAUGAUUGCUACUUGCGACGCAAACGGUUUUGGCAACCGAGCGUGGCCUGUUUGA